AUGCUGGAGACCUACUGGAACCUAACUACUAUAGGAUACUUUUGGGAAGACCUUAACACCAAAGAGCAUUGUAAAUGUUCUAGAAGACAUGCAAGAAGAACACGAACUGGAGAGAAAACAUUUGAAUAUAAUCGGUGUGGUAAGGCCUUUGCACACUACAGUAAUAUUCAAAGCCAUAAAAGAACACAUACUGGAGAGAAACGCUAUGAAUGUAAUCAGUGUGGUAAGGCCUUUGCAUGGCACAGUGGUCUUCAAAGACAUAAAAGAACACAUAAUGGAGAGAAACCUUAUGAUUGUAAUCAGUGUGGUAAGGCCUUUACACGACAUAAUCAUCUUCAAAUGCAUAAAAGAACACAUACUGGAGAGAAACCCUAUGAUUGUAAUCAGUGUGGUAAGGCCUUUGCACAACACAGUCACCUUCAAAGCCAUAAAAGAACACAUACUGGAGAGAAACCCUAUGAAUGUAAUCAGUGUGGUAAGGCCUUUUCUCAAAACAGUGUUCUUCAAACACAUAAAAGAACACAUACUGGAGAGAAACCCUAUGAAUGUAAUCAGUGUGGUAAGGCCUUUACACGUCUCAGUCAUCUUCAAAGGCAUAAAAGAACACAUACUGGAGAGAAACCCUAUGAUUGUAAUCAGUGUGGUAAGGCCUUUGCACGUCUCAGUCAUCUUCAAAGGCAUAAAAGAACACAUACUGGAGAGAAACCCUAUGAAUGUAAUCACUGUAAUAAGGCCUUUGCAUGUCACAGUGAUCUUAAAAGGCAUAAAAGAACACAUACUGGAGAGAAACCUCAUGAAUGUAAUCAGUGUGGUAAGGCCUUUGCACACCACAGUAAUUUUCAAAGCCAUAAAAGAACACAUACUUGA